AUGCGGUGGACCGAUACUAAGGCCCCGUGGUCUGAUUUUGACCCGCCCUCAAUCUUGGACCCAUUUCCUUUCGAGUUGAGCUGCGAGCAGGCUGAUGUAUCAGGCCUCGAUAUGCCUUCGAUACCCUCUUGCGACCCGGUAGUUGAAUCCUUCGGUUCUUCGUCGUCAGAUCCGACCAAGGAAGAGAAGGCGAUAAGAUACUUUGUACACCGUAUUAUCCAACACAGAUGUCCCACCUGCCGACGGGAAACUAUGACGGAUGACAGCAGAGUCCUCUUCGCGUAUACCCAACGUAUGAUGCACCAAACCAUCAUGGCUGCCGCGUCCAAAGAUCCUGCGGUAUCCCUUCUUCCAAUCGUUGUCGAUCCUCGUUGGAGUCCCAAGAUCGCCUGCCCCUACCCUGACUGUAAAACCGAAUCGUGUCCUUGCUGCGCUACCCAAUCUUCCGCUUCGAUAUGUCUUGCACCUGGGUCGGAAACCCACGUAUGGUGCUGCAACGGAGGCCGUCUUUUCUUUAUCUUCGCACUGCUCUGCGGUCCGUAUCAGCAUCCCAGAGACAAAUCCGCGUCCAUCUAUCAAGAUACCCAGGUGAAGACCAGGUCAUCUCGCGCUGGUCCGAAGACGAGAGUCAACACCGCACCCGGUGCUGGAACCGGUUAUGGUGGUUCUGAUAGUGAUUCUCCAUUCAAGGGAUCCCAUCAGAACUCGCUCAAGGACAUUUCUCGAAGCCUUGAUGUCCUCCCCGAGGUACUCACCGCGCUAGCAAAGGCCUGGCCUUCGACGUCUAGAAAUAGGAGCGCCUUUGACAAGAAACCUCCGCGUCUUCUCGCCGCCAUGACGCGACGAAGCCCUCUUAUCAUCAAAAUCGCCGAGCUCAUGCAAGACGACUGCAUCGAAGAGAUUAUGCGUCGACCCAAGCUAUACGAUUCAUUGUUCAACUUGCUUUCAGUCUGGAAUCAACGUCACGUCUCACGUGCGCUUUUCACCAGACCCCGGCCAGAACACCCUUUGGAACAGACGCUUCUGCGCAUUGCAUUCAGAAACACUGAUUUUUCGCUGCAUUCCUGUCCAAGGAUUCUCAAAGCAAAGUACGAGGAAAAGCACAGCCAGCCGCAGAAACUCAAUAUGCUGCCGCCACUCGUCAGCCUGUUCCCUGGUCUAGCCGUCCCGGUUCGCUUUGCCUUAAAGCACCACAAGGAUAGCGACGAGCACGCAAAGCAGGUACGCGGUGUGUAUGAUCGUAUCUGCAAAUUCGCCGAGCAAUAUGAAGCUCACCAGAAGGCCCAUCUCUCCGGUGACGGUGCCACCACCAGUGGAAAAGAUGAUCCGCCCAUCAGCGGAAGUCGCAGUGCUGGAGAACAGCGUGUAGAAGAGCUCAGACGAAGGCUUUCUGACACCCGUGUCAUUGAGAUUGAUGAAAAGGCAUGGCACCGAGAAUACCACUUUGCCAACGACCUGAGGCGGACCGAGAAGCAAACCCCUCCACCGGGUCGCAUGAAGCGCCUCGUGUGGGAACUCUCAAUCCUCCGAACGUCUAUCCCCGAGGGCAUCAUCGUCCGGCACCAUAGCGACCGACUCGAUGCCAUGACUUUCUUGAUUGUCGGACCUGCCGGGACACCAUACGAAAAUGGGCUCUUCGAGUUCGAUCUCUUUUGCCCCAUGGACUAUCCCAAGAGCCCGCCACAAGUUUUCUUCAGGACUUCUCCGCCAGACCGGAAGUUCAACCCUAAUCUUUACAACAACGGUCUCGUCUGCUUAUCCCUUCUCGGCAGUUGGGAAGGACCCAGCUGGGAUCCCGAGAACUCGACUCUCCUACAACUUCUCGUCUCCCUGCAGGCGAUGGUCUUCACCGAGUCGCCGCUGUGGAACGAGCCAGGCUUGGAAAGCACCCUGACGCCGCUGCAUUCGCGGGUGUACAAUGUCGAAGUCCGCGCCGACACGACGCGGUACGCGCUGGCCGAGUGGCUGAGGAAGCUCAACAGCGCCGAGCUCGAGGCCAGCCCGUGGCGCGAGGUCGUCGCGGCGCACUUUGAGCUAAGGUGGGAGGAGAUUCUGGAGGUUGUUGAGCGGUGGGAAGCGGACCAGCCUGGGGACGAGGUCCGCCUUCCGAAUCAGCGAGAGAAAGGCCAGGAAGGCCUGAAGAGGGCUGCGUACACGACUCACUGGGUGUAA